UUCUUGUAGCCUCGAGGAACUGUUGGCUUCUAAAGGGUUAAUUAUAUAUUAUCUUUAGUAUUUUGAUUUCUGUAUUUUUAAAAUUAUAUUUAGAUUUCUAUAUUUUUAAAGUAAAAUAUUUGAUCUAAUAAUUUUUUUUCUCUUUUGAUUUUUAAUAUUAUAAAAUUAUAUUCUUAAUCUUACAUAGGGAUCUCAAUAUUUUAAUUUCAUAAGUUUAGAUAUUUCAAUAUAAAAUUUAAAAAUAUAGGAAUCGAAAUACUAAGAAUAACUAAUUAUAAUCUAUAACUACCUGCUUUCCAAAUGAGACUAACACUAUUUUAUCUUUGGUUCUUUAUCAUUCACUUUUAACUCUUCGAUCUAUUUGUGAUCAAAUAUGUUUUUAUUAGACCAAAUGUACUUUCCGUGUAUACUAUUCUUUUCAUGUCAUAUAUAUAUAUAUAUAUAUAUAUAUAUAUAUAUAUAUAUAUAUAUAUAUAUGUGGUAAAAUCACACCGUCGCAUUAAUUGGCCUUACAUAUUUUUGGAUGUGGGGCACUCCCUCCCAAUCUCAAGCCAACGGGCGGUGAGGAUCUGACUGCAGUUUGAACUGGUUUACUAAAUCCGUGCAUGAGAAACCAACGGCCAGUCUGCAUAUAAUUGGAAACACCCCCCCUAAAAGUCGCGCGCCAGUGAUCGUUCGUCUCCCUCCUCCUCCCUUUCUAUCUCUACAUUUCUUCCCAGUAAUCUCCUCCGAAACCCUAGUUCUUGUUCUCGAUUCGGAAGACCUAGAAUCGUCGCCGGAGAUGACGAAGAAGGGAGGGGACAUCGAGGCCGGGUACGGCGGCGGAUCGGCCUUGUACCCCAACAUGAUGGAGAGCCCGCAGCUGCGGUGGGCGUUCAUCCGCAAGGUCUACUCCAUCGUGGCCCUCCAGAUCCUCCUCACGAUUGCCGUCGCCGGUGUCGUCAACUUCGUCGAGCCCGUGCGCAGCUUCCUCCUCUCCCACACCACCGCCUCGCUGGUCGUCUACAUCCUCAUCAUCAUCUCGCCUUUUCUCGUUCUGUUGCCGAUGAUCUACUUCCGCGAGCGCCAUCCCCUGAACCUGCUUCUUCUCACGCUGUUCACGAUCUGCAUCAGCUUGGCUAUUGGGAUGGCAUGCGCGACUUCCAAAGGCAAAAUAGUGCUACAAUCUGCAGCUCUAACAGCAACAGUGGUUGUGGGUCUCACCCUCUACACGUUCUGGGCAGCCAAAAGAGGCUAUGACUUCAACUUCCUCGGCCCAUUCUUGUGUGCAGCUCUUAUCGUGCUGAUGCUGUACUGUAUCAUCCAGAUCUUCAUCCCAAUGGGGAAGGUCUCGACAACAAUCUACGGGUGUGUGGCAGCAAUUAUCUUCUCUGGUUUCAUCAUAUACGAUACCGACAAUCUGAUCAAAAGACAUUCCUACGACCAAUACAUCUGUGCUUCCAUCUCCCUGUAUCUCGACAUCAUCAACCUGUUCACGGCACUGUUAACCGUGUUCAGUAGUGUUGAUUCAUAAGCCAAUUGGUAUCUCUGCUUACCGUCAUGUAACUGCUCUAUAUUUAGUGAAACCAAUAUAUAGGUAAGAAACCUGAUAACAGUUCAAAAUAUAUGUGCUGCUGUGUCGAUUAGCAGUCACUUUCAUCUGCCUCCAGGCGUCGUUUGAGACUUGUUGCCUUGGGGACGAUGAACUUGUACAGGUACUGAAACCUUGUAUUCGGAUUGUUGUUGGCUGUGGGAGAACCAAACUGUUCAGUUCAAAGUGCGACCUCA